GCAUUAAUCUGAAUUAAGAAAUUCCAUCAAGACAGUUAAUGAACCAACACAAUAAAAAAACAUCCUAAACAAAAUAUACAAGCACAGUACACAUACAUCGGGAACCUUCCUUUUGUAAUCUCUAAUUCGCAUUUCAGUCAUAUUUAUGACUCCCCAAUCACCCAUCGAGUCAGGCAGAUUAGAUAUUUAUGCGCCCAAGGGCUUCGGGCGAUGGGGCUGAACAGAUGGAUCAAACAGUUGUUUGUUUAUUUCGAUUAGUUCUUGUAUUUUAGGAAGAGGGGAAUGAAAUGAAUGACGAAUACAAAAUAGAACAGUCAAAUACUUUGGUAAAUAAUUAAUAGUUUAAAAAACACUAGAAAAACACGCUUUCGCGUUCAAAGUCCAAUACGUGACCUUUCUCACGAGUGCAAACACGACUAUGAUACGAUAUUCCAUCAUGGAAUGCCAGUGCCUAUCUUCCGGCUUCAUCAUCAGACCUUGAAACCUUAUCGUGGUCAAAGUUCAUUACAAGACUUUUCUAACAAAUCCAAACAGCUAUGAUACGAUGUUCCAUCAUGAAGUUCCAGUUCAUAUCUUCCGGCUCCAUCAUCAGAUCAGGAAACAGUACCAUAUUAUUGUAUUGUCAUCAGACCUACAUACAGCUGCCAAUUUACAAGACGCUACGAUCCUUGGAAGAUGGUUAAAUUAGCUACCUUAGAUUCCCUAGGUCGACAUAAAGUGUUAAAAAAAAGAAAUACUUUUUUACCACGUCAAUGGCAAAAAAUCAUACGGCUUGCCUGAAGGUAAGCCGCCACCGUAGAAUUUGGACGCCUGAAACUCCAGGAGUGUUUCCAAAUUUAGAAUGAUAUGGUUAAAUCAAUGAACUAUUUGGACGCCCAGGAUGUUCAUUAAACGCCGGCAUCCUUUAUAAUGCCUAGGCCGAUGAAUAAUUGAACUAGAAAUAUUCAACGUUGUUAAACUUAGUGUUCGCGGUAGGCCCUCAGUACCCGUACCAUGAGUCACUCACAGUAUCAAAAUUUCAAAACUGACAUACCUGACUGAUCUAACCUUUGAUAACAUGACAAUACGAGAUCCUAGAUCGUAGACGAGAUCGUGUAUUACAGUGCACGAAUCAGUGCUUAUUUUGAUUUAAAGGUCAUCUCACUUUGAAUAAUUCAAAUCGUACAUUACUACGACAAAUCACGGAUAUUAGUAUUUAGCGGUGUGUACAAUUUUAACUCCUGUUGUAAGCAGGCAAACAUAACAUAUUCAACUUCAAACAUAUCUUUUUCUUUCACAUAACAUCGAUCAAUAAACAAUAAAAUAUUUUAUUGCUUAUGAACUGUUACGUCUGAAUAACUUAAUGUUUAUUGGAUUAGGACGUCAUUUUAAAAAGAAUAUAAUGGCUUUGAAACAUAUACGAGUAUGUGCAGGUUUUUGUGUAGUUGUUUUUAUAUUUUUGGUUGUCAAUAGUUCAAGAGCAGAUAUGGAAGAUAUUUCACCAGACAUUGCUAAACUCCAAGAAAAUAUAUCAGGCGUCAAAAGUUUGAUACAAAAUGUGAUUAAAAACUAUAAUAAAUUGGAGAAACUUGCUGUAUCAGACUCUGUAGAAUCUGAUUAUAACACAAACUCUGAGAAAAAACAAUUCAACAUGGACAAGAGAAAUAAAGGCCGAAUUAAGUUUACAACUGAUUUUCAGAUAUUAAACGGCAAAUCACAUAUAUUUUCUGGUGAAUCCGAGAGGGAAGGUGCCAGUGAAAUUGAUGAGAAAAAAAUUAUCGAUAUAUCGAAAGAAAACGAUAACAUCCGUAAUUUUGAAACGGAUUCCGAAGAAUUUAUAAAAAGAAAACCUAUCUCCCCAUCCAAAUUAGUAACUGAUACUCAAAUAAAAUUAAGAAAUGUUAAAUAUGACAAUGAAUCUAAUGAAGAUGAUAGUUCAGCAGAUAAUGUCAAAGAUUCUCACCACAAACAAAAUUCUAAUAGAGAACCUUAUACAAAGAAAAAAGUUUUAGUCAUCCACAUGGCAAAAGAAAAACCAAAUCAACAUAAAAAUCGUGCAACAACUGCAAGUCAAAAACAUAUUUCUUCAAAUAAACCUAAGAGACAGAUUACAAAACAGAUCAGAUCAGAAGAAGUGGUUCAAGAUUCUUAUUCAGAAGACGACAGAGCGAUGGAAAGUGAAGUUAAGAAAGCUAGUUAUUUACGACAAGCCUAUGCCGAUGCAUGCCAUCUAGUGAUAAUUCGGAAGUGUUUAAGGGCAUUACGGGCUGCGUUAAAUGACGUGUGUUCGAAGAGCAGGAAAUGUUCCUCAAAGUAUAAAGACGACUUUAGAGAAUACGGCCACGAGGGUUGCAACCAGCAGUUCGAUGGUCAAAAAUCUGCCUGCAGAAUGGGUCUGGAUAUUGCUGUAGAUACACGUGAAGACUCUGAAAAGCAAGAGAACGCAGGACAUUCGGGCAUUGGGAAGCAAGAGAGAAAAGCGACGCGAAAAGAGGUUAACUGGAAGAGAUCCAUCAAAGGGAAAAAAACACCUGAACACGCCGACAACCACGAAGUGAACAUACUCCGAGACAGAUUUGAGAAAUUAUGCAAAAAGACAUCUUACACAAAAUGCAGAGCGGCUUGCAAAUACGCCUCAAACAAAAGUUGUGAUAAACACGAAUGUGUCAGUGCUAAGAAGAAAGCAUUGAAGAAAUCAUGUAAAAGAAGAUGUCAGGAGACAUAUGCGUAUAGAGGAGGGUCUGAUGAGAGUAGUGAUUAUGAUGAGAAUGAGUCUGAUUAGGCUAUUAGAGCCUCUGAUAAGGAGAGGGUCUGAUUAGGGAGUUUUAUAUGAUUUUUAAUAAAUAUAGUUUAUAUGUUAUAUGAUUUUAAUAAAUAUAGGUAUGAAUGAAACAAAAUAAUUCUUUAUUUUAUUAAACCUUAAUGGACACAGCGAGUGACUUUCUAGAUUUUGCGAAUUCACAUUGUGGGACAACUAGACGGUGCUCCGCCGGGUGCUUCUAUCUCUUGUAGCGGAGGAGAUAUAGUUGUGUAAAUUGGCCCUUAUGUUACUUGAACGCGGUGAGGAAAACUUAAAUAUGAAGUUGUCAUGAUUGCUAUAUAAAUAGCAUUUUUUUGUCAGGAGCAUACGAAAUGUUAACAGUCGCACAAGCCCGCCCCGGAAAUGUUAACAGUCACACAAACCUGCCGCGAAGAUAUUAACAGUCACACAAACCCGCCGCGAAAAUAUUAACAGUCACACAAACCCGCCGCGAAAAUGUUAACAGUCACACAAACCCGUCGCGAAAAUGUUAACAGUCACCCAAACCCGCCGCGAAAAUGUUAACAGUCACACAAACCCGCCGCGAAAAUGUUAACAGUCACACAAACCUGCCGCGAAAAUGUUCACAGUCACACAAACCCGUCGCGAAAAUGUUAACAGUCACCCAAACCCACCGCGAAAAUGUUUUCAGUCACACAAACCCGCCGCGAAAAUGUUAACAGUCACACAAACCUGCCGCGAAAAUGCCGCUCCCAUACAAUCGAAGUUAACGUUCUCAUUUUAAAACGACAUGGUUUAAUUACAUAAAUUAUACGCUAUAUCGCGUUCGUUCAAAUAGUUUUAUUUCAUGAAUAACUAUCGCGGUUAACCGAUAAUAUUUUUAUAGACUUGUUUGAUUUAUGCGCGUAGUUUUACACUAAUAUUGUUUUAGUUCCUAUCCCUUCAAAAAAAACAGUUUUUAGAAAAACAAAUGUUACUAGCUUAUAUCUACAGGCAACUAAUAUUCGUCGAGACCAUCCGAAGAACCCCAAACACAAUUAGGUUGCGUUGUAUUACCACAGAGUUCCCAUGGUCAUCUCCUGUCUCCAUUAUCAGAUCAACUUGAUUGCACCAUAAUAAUAAACAUUGUCACCCGACUUACAUAUGUAUGCAAAUUUUCAGUUUCAUCGGAAACCGUCAAGUUUAACUUGCAAGAUUUGAUAACAGACAGACAACGGGACAGGUGAAACUAAAUAAAAGCUUGUAAAAAAUCUACUGAUGCCAAAAUAAAUCGGAUGUUCGGAUGCCAAUAUAUACAACCAAACAGACGCGUACAUCCCUAGUGAAUGUGUACAAAAAGCAUACCAAGCUUUGCCUGGUCUGUGCUUUGGUUAAUAUGUACGAACACGUUAGAGUUAGUAAUAUAAAAAAUAUGUUGAUAGAAAUGUAAAAUUUACUUAACGUAUGGUUAUAUUUCGAUCCGUUGAAUUUCUACUUUUAAUUUGUUAUAUGCUUGUUUAGAUUUAAUAAAUGUAAUUGACUAUUAUGUCCAAUCAUUAGUACACUUCGUUUAAAAUUCACUUGAACCACAGAAAUAUACAGACAAAAAUCGUUUAAUGUCAAAUACACUAGCCAAAGUUACGGAUGAAAAGUCAAGCGGAUAUUUUGUAGUAUUAAAUACGGAUGCCGAUGUAUAGUUGUACGAAACAGCGCACCCCUAGUGAACGUGUACACAAAGCAUACCAAAGCUUUGUGCCCGGUCUGUGUUUUGCUUAAUUUGUACGUAGACGUUAGUUUGUGCCUAGUUUUAACAUUAUGAGGGUGUAUUCGAACGCCGAUGAAAUUUAAUUGAAAUUGAUAUUGUUAUACUAGUUUUGAUAAUGGUAUGAUUAUGAUUAUGAGUUGGCUACUGUAAUUUUUUUUAAAGAUGGCGUCAGCUUCAACUGUCUAGCUAUCACAGCCUGGUGACAGACAGACAUACAGACAAACUGAUUUAUGGAUGGAGUCUUAGUAAUGUUCCUGUUUGUACCCUUUGGGUACGGAACCCUAAUUAGGCUCCAGUAUUUUUAACUUUGAGGGUCAAAGGUGCCCCUGAACUGAUAUAAUAAAUAAUAGUAAUUCCCCUUAUGGAGUAUUGCUGUCACCUUUGGGCAGGAGCACCUGCAUGCCAGCUUGGACCAUUCGACUUAGUCCAAAGGCGCGCUGUACGAAUCGACGAUCCCAAACUCACAAGCGGUAUUGAGUCUAAGGAGAGACUUUGCCUCCUUGUGUGUGUUCUACCGCGAGUACAAUGGGCUGUGCUCUGAAGAAUUGUUUGACAUGAUGCCAACGGCCGCUUUCUAUCACCGCACCGCCCGCCGUCGGCAGGGUGUUCAUCCUCACACCCUAGAACCUAAAUGGACGCGUACUGUGCGGUUUAAGAGGAAUUUCCUCCCGCGGACGCUUCGGCUGUGGAAUGAGCUUCCUGCCGAGGUUUUCCCGAGGGGCUACAGUAUGGGGUUCUUUAAAAAGGAGUAUACAGGAUUUUAAAGGGUUGGCAACGCGCAUGUAAUAUCUCUGGUAUUGCAGGCGUCCAUAGGCUACGGUGACUGCUUACCAUCAGGCGAGCCGUAUGCUUGUUUGCCAACGACGUAGUAUAAAAAAAACCUAUUAUACGUACCAU